CUUCAGCCCUCGUCCCUUCUCUGCUCUGCUCCACUCCUCUCUCUCCUUGUCUCUCAUAUGUAGAGAGAGAAAGUGUAUAUUUUGUCUUAUCUAAUGCGUCAAGAACCACUUCCUCUCUAUCUAUAAAAGCCUCAAAAUCAUUCACCCUCAUAUAUCUCUCUCUUGACAUCUCCAAGAUUCGAUCUCUUUAGGUUCUUUCAUAUAUGGUUACCAAAAGAUUUAUAAUUUAAGGAAAAGACUCUGUUUUUCAAAAGAAGAAAUGCAGGAUCCAUCAGCUUAUUACAACUCGAUGAUGGCGACACAACAACAACAACAACCACAGCAGUUUCCAGAGCAAGAACAGCUAAAGUGUCCUCGAUGUGACUCACCGAACACAAAAUUCUGUUACUACAACAACUACAACCUGUCACAGCCCCGUCACUUUUGCAAAAGCUGCCGUCGUUACUGGACCAAAGGCGGGGCUCUCCGCAACGUUCCCGUCGGCGGCGGUUCUCGCAAGAACGCUAAACGAUCAACCUCUGCGUCUUCUCCUCCCAACACACACAAGAAGAAGACCAAACACCCGGACCCGGAUCCUAACCCGGAUACGGAUCCGACCCGGAUGCUGUACGGGUUUCCGAUCGGAGACCAAGACGUGAAAGGUAUGGAGAUGGGUGGUGGUGGGAGUUUUAGCUCGCUUUUGGCGUCGAAUAUGCAGUUGGGUCUUGGUGGGAUCAUCCUAGACGGGUCGGGUUGGGAUCCGGGUAUGGGACUAAAGAGGAGUGAAGCGGGUGACGAAGGUGGUGGUAACCCGUGGACCGAUCUUUCUAGGAACAGAGUGGAGAAAAACUGAAGGAUGGGAGAAAACAGAGAGGGGGGUAUUAUGGUAAAUUAAUAUGAAGCUGCUAAAACUGAUUUCAAGGUGACUCGAGUCAUCACGUAGACAAACAGUUUCUAUGUUUAUGUCAUUUUGGUAAAUCUAUUUCUCCUAAUACUCCUUUUUUAAUUUAUAAAUCGGUUUGUUAAAUAUAAUUAGACUUAUGUAAUAGGAGGAGAUUUCAGUUUAUUGUUAUCUUUAACAUUAGUGAGAAACAAAAAAAAAUGUUUGUGUUA